AUGUCCUGGCAAGCCUAUGUCGAUAGCAGCCUUGUUGGCUCCGGCAACAUCGACAAAGCUGCCAUCUUCGACGACCAAGGCACCAGUGCCUGGGCGUCUUCCCCUGAUUUCAAAGUGAAACCGGAAGAGAUGAAAUUUAUAAUAGAUUCGUUUAAACCCGUUGCCGGCGAUUCUUUAAAGGAAAUACAGUCCAAGGGCUUCUACGUCGGCGGAGAGAAGUACAUCACUCUCAGGUCAGACGAUAGCAGGGGAAAAGCUGGCAUAGUCAUCGUGAAGACCAAGAAGGCUCUCCUCCUUGCACACUACCCUGAGACCAUCCAACCGGGUGCCGCCACCAACACGGUGGAAACCCUGGCUGAAUACCUCAUGGGCGUGGGCUACUAG